UACAAAGAUAAUAUGUUCAGUAAAACUGAAACAUCUUUGGGCAGCACGUGAAUCUCUGGCUGAUUGAUCGAUGACGUCACGUGCACGUGCACGUGCACGCAGGUGGACAGCGCAUCUCUCAUCAGUGACUGGAGGUUUUCCAGUGGAAAACAAAGAAAUGUUGGAGAUACAGAUAAUCAAGAUUGAAGAUCCUGGAUGUCUUUGGGGUCGGGUUCUGAAAGGGCCUGGCAUCCAUCCAGACAGUCCAGAGGAAUACGACAACCUGAGGGUUAAAAUGAACCUCUUCUACCAUGAGUUUGACCUGGAUGUACAGAAAUUAAAGCCUGCUGAACUCAAGGAGGGACUGGUGUGUGUGGUGUUCAGCCCGGUUCUGAAGAGUUGGUGUCGGGCCGUGGUGGAGUCGCUCUUUCAGGGAACAGCGGGCAGCCAGGCCAUGUGCUUCUUAGUAGACUAUGGAGAUCACAUCAACAUCCAAACAGACGAUGCGAGAACUCCUCUUGAGAAAUUCCUGCAGCUUCCCUUCAGGGUGAGACGCUUUAAACUGGCUGGAAUCCGUCCUUUGACGCUACAAGUGUCCAUCUCCAAUGAGACGGCUCAGCUCGUUCCAUCUUCAGCGUGGGACAGCUCUGCCACAAAAUACCUGCACAACCUUCUACAAGUGUCCACACUGGUGGAAGCCGUUCUAUGUGAUACGAAUGCCGACUGCUCUUCUGUUGAACUCUAUCUGACUAUUAACAACACAAAGAUCUGUGUGAACCAUGAGCUGGUGGUGAAGAAGUUUGCAUGUUUCUGGAAUGAAACGUACAGCAGCGUGGAAGGGGACGGAGACCGUGUACCUGUCCGUCUGGCAUGGGACAUCUACUCCAGUCCACAUCAGCUCUUAGAGAUGAAAGGCUGCUGCCCGGUCAAAGCUCCACCGGCAGAUAUCUUCGCCAGGAAAGAGAAGAAAGAAGGACCACAGACAGAAAGGGGUCAACAUGAGCCACCGGUGAUGGAGCAAAUACACCAGCCAUCUCUGAUAUUAAACACCGAUGAAUUCCCUGAGCUCACCCACAACGUCGGAUCACAUACUAUCGGUAGAGGCUGGCGUAUCCGAGCCGAGGCCACAGACAUCUAUAUAGAUGAGCCUGCAGCAAGAUCACAAUUCAAGAAGUUUCUAGAGAGCGUUUUACCUUCAAAACAGGUUCCUAAAUGUGAUACAGAGAAGCAGAGCCGUGCUGAUGUAACAGACAGUGAGAACAGCUCUUCAUCAGCACCGGAUCCAGAUGACAGGGGAAGUGGGUCCUCCGAGCAGCAGGAUGAAGCAGUUCUCUCCCAAGAGCCCAGUCUCGAUGAUCAGCUCACCUGCUCGAGACUACUUCAGUUCCUGAACCCUGAACCACUAAAUCUAGACGAACAUCUUGAUAAUAGAGUUGUGCGGUAUGAUCCGGGUCACGCUGGGGUUUUAGUGCACUCUGGUCUUCCUGUGAAUCCCUGCAGCAGUCUGACACGAGCCCCCAUCAGCGAACCUUUCAGAAAGUUCUUGCUGUGGAAGAAGUACAGCGGGCCGAAUGCGGGCGAGAGUUACUGUUGGCCCUCUGUGGCGCGGGGUUGUGACACGGUUCUGGUGUCCCACAGCGGUGACAGUCCGCUUUCAUACAUCCCUCCUCUGCUCAUGCACCUACAAACGGUAUCCGCCGUGUCCAACAUCGCUGCUCGCACCGGGCCGGUAGCUGUGAUCCUGUGUCCAGGCUGGGAGAAGGUUCAGACGGUCCUGGAUCUUCUAGAGGAAAGCAAAGCAACUCGCAACCUCCAUCCCACCAGCGUGCUUCUGGGCGUGGACCAGGACGAGACGAAAAAGAUCAAGAUCCAGAGGAACUGUCAGUUGCUAGUGACGACACCGUUCACCAUGAUGAGACUGCUGGACGCCCAGCGCUUCCUGUUCCUGAGACUCUGUCACCUCGUGCUGGACGAGGCUGAUGUUCUUUAUUCACAGGCUCCUGAACAGUUGACAGUGGUCCUGAAGCACUUCCAGAAGGUUGUGUCUGCAGAGGAACGGGCCUCAUGCCCUAGACAGAUCAUCGCCGUGGGCAGCCGCUGGUGUGCCAGGAUGGAGGGUCUGGUCAGGGACUACAUGAUCUACCCCUCUGUUGUCAUAAGCGUGAUGGAGGAGGCCGCGCUCUACGGCAAAGUACAUCAGAUGGUUCACUUGUGUCUUGACUGUGAUAAGAUCUCAGUGCUGCUCGGCUCUCUGGACCCGCACCCACCCAAACCUCAGAAGACCCUCAUCAUCACCAACUCGAUAGAGGACACGGAGCAUGUGUACAAGGCUGUGGUCAACACUGCCGUGUUCACACUGAAAGCUCGCGAAGACUUGACGGACAAGUUUGGCUUUGUGACUGAUCAGUGGAGGAAAGACAUCGGCCCUGGAACACAAGUGGUUCUGGUGACCACCAACGACUGUCUCAAAGCUCUUGGUAUCAAGGACGCCACAUGUGUGGUGCAUUAUGGGUUUCCCAGCUCCCCCAAGCUCUUCGGCAGCCGCCUCUUCUGCAUGUCGGAGAACUUCAGAUACCUCUCAGAGGCGGAUCGAGGCGAGGGCUCUUCUCCAGCGGUGAAGUCUGUACUGCUUCUGUCAGAGCAGAACGCCCGUCACGUGUGCGGCGUGUUGAGGUACCUGAGGAGAGCCGGAGCUCUUCUGCCCCCUGAACUCCUGCAGUUUGCUUUGGGUGUCCAGCACGCCAAGGAAGAACAAAAAGCUAAGAGACCCCUGUGCUGCUCUCUCAAGAGCUUCGGCUUCUGCAGAGACAACACAGUUUGUCCAGAUAGACACACGGUCAGCACAACCCUGGACCGCCCACUGCACCCUGAUUCUGGAUCUGUCAUAGUUUUACCGCUGUACAUCAAGACGGCGAGCAUUUAUUUCGGCCGUAUCGUGAGGCAAAAAGAGAAUGUUUACGAGACUCUUGCGAAUCAGAUGAAGACACACUACAGCAACGAGAGACGCUGCGCUGUGGAGGUUGUGGCGGGGGAACUUUACGCCGUUCAAGAAGAGGAUCUUUAUCACAGGGUGCGUGUGACUGACAUCCUUGAUAAAGGAGAACGGUUGUUCGGCAGCGUCACCGCCUACUUCAUCGACGAGGGGCGCACACAGGAAGUGAAGUCACACCAGCUUCUUCAGCUUCCGCCUCAGUUCCAGGAUUUGCCAGAGCAGGCGAUGGAGAUCAUUCUCUGCAAGGCUCAGCCCAUUGACGGAGAGGUUGACUGGAACCCAAAGGUGACCAGAGCAAUCCGUCAGAAAAUCAAAGGGAAGAUGCAUCAGGCCAAGGUGGUGAUGUGUGUGGGCAAUACCGUGUGGGUUGAUCCAAUGGUUCGCAUGACGCGUGUGCCGGGCCUGAAGACCUACAUUAAUGAGUAUAAUGUCCAUGCUGAGAUCUUGGCGUCUGGAUUCGGUGUCAAUAACCCACAACACUUGGAGCUGCUGAAGAGGGUUUUCCAUGUAGAAGAGAACCCCAUCACACUGGAUCAACACCAGACUGACAGGUUUGAGAGGUCCUCAGUGUCACAGUUGAUUUAUCAUAACUCAGAGGAGCUCUGUGAGACCGCAAGUCCUGCAGUGUGUCAUGAAGGCUUCAGCAACACCGAUGUGGGAAACUCUUCAGAGGAAAACAUGAAGAUCAUGAGCCCCUCUGACCUGAACGGAUACUCAUCUUCAAACCAAUCCAGACCAACCAGUCCUGAAACAGAUGAUCAUCUAAAUAACGCCGAAGUCCUGAAUGUCAAGAAACUACAGACUGCUGACACACCAAAACACUUGAAUAAACCUGCCAUUGUCUCAUUCCAGCCAUUCAGUUUUCACCCACAGAUCAAAUGGUUUCAGAAAGGCCAGUUCAUCACUGUCAAUGUUAAACUCAUCAGUCCAGUGAUGCAGAAGUGUGAAUUUUCCUCCGACACGGUCAUUUACAGUGGGUACGUGAAUGAGCGUCAUUACUUUGCGAAGUUUGAGCUGUUCAGUGACAUCAUCGCGGAGGAGUGCACAUGGGAAAUGAGGUGUAACGAGCCUGUGAUGAAGCUAAGGAAGAAGGAGAACAAAGACUGGAGAACUCUUCUUAAACUCAAGAGUGCGUUUGUUAGCUACGAGUUUGACCACAUCGAUGACGCUGUAGUUCCUACAGUAAACGGGCAUUUGUUCUUGGCGGAGGCGGGUGAGGAGGGAGAUUACGUCAGCUCCAGUGAGUGCUCCAGUGACAGUGAUUGAAAAGAACGGAUGCCAAAUACAAAACUGCUUCUGGAAAAGGCGUUCUGGGUAACACUUUACAAUAAGGUUUGAUUUGUUAACAUCGGAUUGCUAUUCAUUAUGAAAUAACAAUAAACUGCAUUUCUUAAUCCUAGUUCAUAUUAAUUUCACCAUUAACUAAGAUGAAUCAAUGCUGUGGAGAUCUGUUGCUCACCGUUCAUGUUAACUAAUGCAUUAACUUAUGUUAUUACAUGUAACUUUAUUGUGAAGUGUUACCUGGUUCUGGUUAAAAUUGGUUAAUGCAGUAGGUAUCAUGAACUAAUAAUGAACGAUUUUUACAGCUUUGAAGGGAUACUCCACCCAAAAAUGACAUUUCUGGCAUGAAUUACUCACCCCCUAGUCAAUGAUGCCUCAGAAUUGUCAGUUGCUAGCAUUCUUCCAAGUAUCUUUUAUUGUGUUCAGCCGAACAAAGAAAUGUAUACAGGUUUGGAACAACUACAUGUGAAUAAUUUAUGACAGAAUUUUCAUUAUUGGGUGAACUGACCCUUUAAUCUUGGUUAAUAGUGACUUAUAAAUGUUUAACAUGUUCAAAUUAAAUUCAAUGUUAAUCAUAUAUGGGGAAAUGAACAUUAACCAACAUUAAUAUGUGCUGUUAAAGUAUUGUUCAUUGCUAGUUAGUGUUUAAGAAUUGUUUGAAUUGAAUGUGCAUUGCCUAUACUCUGCCACUUGACUGACAAGUU